UUGUCUAAUCCACAACCUUCAACACCGUUAGAUCCGCAGCCAUCAUCAUAUGAUGCACAGAUAUCAGUUGAUCCACACGAAUGUUUUUCCCCCGAAAUCGUGCGACCACUACCUAAAGCCGGACCACGAAAGUCAACUAUUAAUAGGAAGCGCCGAAAAACUGCUAUUUUGACGGACAAAUCAGAAAAAGAAAAUCUACGUAAAGAACAAGAAACCUUGAGUAAGAAAAAGGCUAAAGGUGUAAACAAGAAAAGCAAAGCAGCUAAAAGAGUUGAGAAAGUAAAAAAAGCUAUUUUACAAGAGGUUAAUAGUGAUUCCAGCUCUGACGAUGAAUGCUUCUGUUUGAUUUGCUGCGAGAAGUACAGUGACAGUGUUCCAGACGAAGGUUGGAUUCAAUGCAAUCUUUGUAAACAAUGGGCCCAUGAAAAAUGUAUCUCAAACAGAGGUAGCAUUUACUUUGUUUGUAUUAGCUGUGAUUCAGAAAACGAUGAGUCUGAUUAA